AUGAGUAGUAGGAAUAAAACGGUUAGGCAGAAGGCCGUGAUGCCUACCUUCGGCUUACACUUUUUACAACCACGUUUCAUGAAAUCGGGGCACUUCUUACAGGGUGCUCCAGGGCAUUUGGCUUUGUGUUUACUCAGGAUCUCAGUACAUAAAGGGCAUGUCUCUCCAUUCGUAACUGUCCCGUUACAGUGCUUACAACACCAGUAA